CCUAAGUGCCCCGGCUCAUAAACCAGACUCUCCAGCCCCUGCGUGGGGGGGAGGGUCUUUGCCCCCUGAGGGGGAGGCUGUGGGGUCCCUGCCCCCCGAGAGAGAGAGCGGGAGGAAGCUGCGGGGUCUCUGUGCCGCUUACGGGGUGCUGGUGGGGCGGAGUGUAUCCGCAUCUCUUAAAGGAUGGACCGGGCUGGUGGGGAGGGUCCUAUGUCCAUCCCUUUGCCGUCUGAGUGGGUGGAGGGUUACAGGGUUCUCUACCCUGAAGCUCCUCUAACAGGUACUCACGCUACUGCCCUGAUAACAAAUAGUUCCUCCGCAUACCGUACCCCCGCCACGCACCUCUCUCAGCGGUAUGGGUGCAGCGGUUUCAGGGUUAGACUUUAAACAGACGCUUCCUCUGGAACUGUUGGAAGUUAUCGGAGUCAGCAGUGAAAGAAGAGAUCGUGUGGUAUUUAUGUUAGAUAAAGGGUGGGAGGAUUUAGUUUUGUGGUGUUGUAAUGUAACAUUUCACUCCAAUGUGCUUUUUCAUCUUUUAUGUAUAUGAUUCUCCUACUAUUUGAGCAGCGUAAAAGAAGCAUAGUUCUCUAGCCCCAAGAGGAUUACUGAUUAAGUCAUCGUAUCUGUAUCUGUGGAAAUGAUGAUAUUAUGUUGGUAGUUCUAUGUUCAAGGAUGCUAAAAUGUCUUUCUAUAAAUUAUCCACAUCAUUAAUGAACAAUAACCAACCACCUAGAGUGAAGGGUGGCUGCCAGCUGGCUCAUAAACACACACUAGAAAGCAUUCCAUGUGGAGACCUGGAAGUCUGAGGGGAAACAUAAAAAGAAAUGGUCCCCCGUGGAUUUGAGAUUAUGUUAGUCGACUCCCACUGAUGGCAUGUUGAAGUUAAUUGAACAGUGGCUGAGAGGGUGUCGGAUUGGAAGGGGACUGCUCUGAAAGCUGGGUUUGCAACAACAUGGGCCAGUGUGUCACCAAGUGCAAAAAUCCUUCUUCCACCCUUGGCAGCAAAAAUGGAGAUAGAGAAUCUAGCAGCAAGUCUCAUAGCAAAAGAAGUGUAGUUCACAAAGAAGAACAUACGUCAGUGUGUGCAAAAUCCUCUGGGGACAUACUUGUCAAUGGGACAAAGAAAACCGAUACUGCUUUAGACCCUAAUCAACCUCCAACUUUCUCUGGGGAUGCAAAGAAAGAGCCAGUUUCUGGCACAGAGGAAUCUUCCAUUCAGAGAAUUGAGGAAUUGUUUAGGAGAUACAAGGACGAACGAGAAGAUGCCAUACUGGAAGAAGGCAUGGAACGUUUUUGCAAUGACCUCUGUGUUGACCCCACUGAAUUUAAAGUGCUAGUCUUGGCUUGGAAAUUCCAGGCAGCUACCAUGUGCAAAUUUACAAGGAAGGAGUUCUUUGAGGGCUGUAAAGCAAUAAAUGCGGACAGCAUUGGUGGCAUUUGUUCUAGGUUCCCCAGUCUCUUGAAUGAAGCCAAACAAGAAGAUAAAUUCAAGGAUCUCUAUCGUUUCACCUUUCAGUUUGGCCUGGACUCUGAAGAAGGACAGAGGUCUCUGCAUCGGGAAAUAGCCAUUGCCCUUUGGAAGUUGGUCUUUACCCAAAAUAAACCCCCCAUAUUGGACCAGUGGUUAAACUUCCUAACUGAGAACCCCUCAGGAAUCAAGGGAAUCUCCCGGGACACAUGGAACAUGUUUCUAAAUUUUACUCAGGUGAUUGGACCAGACCUUAGCAACUACAGUGAAGAUGAGGCCUGGCCUAGUCUCUUUGAUACCUUUGUAGAAUGGGAAAUGGAACGAAGGAAAAAAGAAGAGGAAACCAAAUGUGUUACAUGCUCAGAUACAGAGGGUCUGUGUAUAGAAGAACAGACUUAGCAGCAUUUAAGCAGCAGUAACAGAAAUAACCUGUUGCCCUUCAUUUAAAUGUAAACUCUGGACCUUUCUGGAAAUUACUGAGGUUCCAGAUUUUUCUACUUUACACCUUUCUCUGCCUUGUAUUUGAAAGGGCUCUAAAAUGCUGUAUCAUGGUUUAGGCACUUUCUUAAUUUUGGUUAUACCUUUAACUCUUGCCCUGGUAUAUUUGACUCUGACUAGAAGUAAAAAGAGUUGUUGUUUUUUGAACAUUUCAGAUUAGUAUAAAUCUGACAAUUAUUGCACAAUGUAGAUCUUUUUGUUACGUUUAAAUUAACAUUGCUAAAUUAUACAGUGCCAGAUUCAAGUUUUGUAUACUACAUCUAUCAGGGCAGGUCUGUACUGUGUGUAGUGCUGUUUACAUUGUUGAAAUUUUAGGCUAUAUUUUAUGGUUUUAUACCAAGAUAAAUAGCAGCAUUAACUGCUAACUACAAAUGCAUUAAUUCCCAGAUAAUAAGGCUCUAAAAACCAUUUGUGUGACUGCUUUUUGUAAUAUGGCUAAAUCCCAUUUUAAGUUAAUUCUCAGAAGAGUUCAAGUCAUUUUUUUUUUUUUGUGUUGAACUAACUGUUGGAUUUUAUUUAUGAGAACAUACAGUACCUGUCAGUCAACUAAGUGGUAGUUAACACUUUGUAGCUAAAUAACUUAAGCAUCGCAGGCAAACAAAGCAGUGCUACCUCGGUUUUACUGGAAGCAAACUUGCUUGAUGAAUUUUCCUUUCUUCGAAAGUCAUUAAUAUUUUUAUAGUUGUGACAAUACUUUGGAGCCAAAGGUUCUCCUCCUUAUAGCUGGUAAACCUUAAAAGAAACAGAACAAAAACAAUGCUUUGAGGAAAACUGUGGUAUGUAAAUCUGCUUUAAUUUACACGUGAUUUGCAUCUAAAGUAUUACCAGUUUACUUGUCUGGCACGUUCAGUAUACUUGUGUUGGGAAGAUCUCUUGCAUUAAUGUUGACAAACCAAUUUUUUUAACCUAUGCUUAAUAGCUAAAACAUAGUCACACCCCUCUAAAAUUUCUGGGGAACAACAACAUUAACACCCAAUGAAAAAGUGAGUUCUUUAAUGUGUACUUAAUAACAACAGUGUAGACAAUUCAUUUUUAGCCUGAUUUAAUAAUGUUUAAAUAGGACUCAAUUUAUUGUUUUAAAUUAUCUGUACUGGGAUUAUUUGCCUGUUGUGACCUAAAAAGGGAGUUUUAUUAACACUGGUUGAAAAUUUUUUGGUUAUUGAUGCUACCUUUUUUAAUUUUAGUAUAUCAGCUUUUUAUACUUCUUGGUAAAAGGGAUAAUUGCUGAGGCGUUCUAUUAAGCCAAGCAUUGACUCCAUAUAUUUGAUAUAUUUUUAUUAUACAACUUUAUUUUCAGAGUUGUAAUUCAGGAUCAUAAAAUGGCUUAAAUUUAAAAAACUGGUGAGCAAAUAAUACCUAUUGUCCAAUGGCUCAUGUACUGUAGGGUUCUUUAAAGCAAAUUGCUAGCAUGCAUCCCACCGCCCAGGCCAAGCCCCCCAUGGACUCUCCCAAUGGGCACUGCAUGUUAGCAAAUCAAGUGGCAAGAUCUCAGUUUUGAGAUCCUGUAUCGUUAACAGUGCUGGUGUAAUUAAACUGAAGUACACAUCUGUUUAAGAAGAUAUGUUCAAAUUACAUCAUCUCGCCAUGAUGAGAGGCCAGCAUUUUAUUUCUUUAGCAAGUGACGUGUAAAUGUGUAAGAGAUAUGUAAAAAACCAGAGGUUGUCAACUUGCAGGAGAGUUUAGAACUUGGUUCAUGGUAAUUCAAUAUACCCUGAAGCUUUAUAUAUAUUAAUUUGUAUACUGGCAAAACCCUCCUUAGUAUAGACCUUUACACCAGUAAACAGGACUUUUGCUGGUAUAGGCAUUCUGGUUUGGUAAGCAAAUUAAGCGAGAGCACUUUUUUUUACAGUAAAAUGGUGCCUCUAUUAUGCCAUUUGGUGACACAGCUAUGGCAUUGGGGGUGGUAAUGGGAGAAAUCGCACCUCAAAUGAACAUUUCUAUGCCAGCAAAACCUUAAGUGUAAUCCUGGCCUGAACAUAAUGGAGAAGCUCUUUUUAACUUUAAGGCUACACAUGCAUUCUGUUAAUGACCUAGUAUCUUUUUUUGUUAAAUAACUUCUCUUUCUUCUAAAAAGAACUUUAAAAUGCCCGAAGUUUGAAAAUUGUCUGCUCAGUGUAUACUUACUACAUGCUCAUGAGUACUAAAUUGUGACGGUCACUACUUAUGGUAUUACUUAAUACACUGUAAUAGUUGCAAAAGAUUAUGGCCUAGAAACUGAAGAGUGGUUUUUAAGGUCUGAUCAGAAUAUGGAUUGGGGUAGAGAAGAAAAUUCUACAACACACCAAGAGCAAGCCAUUUGGUAUCUUAGGUGUAAUUCAAUUGUUUGCCAAGACAGGAUGGUCAUGGUAGUUAUGUGAAAGGGGAAGUUUUACUUGCAGUUGAAAAAAAGGCAAACCUAGGUGGCUUGGCUGCUGUGCUAUUAUAACAAAAGAAAAGCCCCGUUUUAUAGUUAUUUCUCUACCAGGAAUCAUUCCAGCCUAUUGGAUACCAAACGCUUACUGUAAAAUGCUAGCCAAAUCUAUCUUGAAAAAAAGCCAUUUAUUUGUACUCAACUUCACUUUUGGAUUACAAAAAGCCAAGGUUGCAGUUUUUAAAAUUGAUACAAACCACAGACUACAAAAUCUAACAAUCUGUUCUUUACUUGAGUUGUGCAACUUUUCACAACUGUGUGAGUGACUGACAGUGACAUACUUACUGACUUGCUUGACAUUUUGAUGAUCCUAAAUGUCAAAUAUAACUUGCUUUUUAAUGCUCACUAUAUUGGUCAUGGGAUUAGAGUUUUGUACAUGUUUCUGGGAAAGCUUUAUUAAUACUGGAGCCUCUGAAAAUGUCCUUGUUUAAUGGUUGAACUGUGAACUUCUGUGGAAUAGGCCAAAUAUAUUCACAUUUUUCAUAAAUGUAUAUGAAUUCUUUAAAGUGUAGACCAAGGGAUUAUAAAUGGGCACGAUGGUGAUAAGAUCUUGAAAUUAUUAGGGAUUUUUCUGUUGCUGAUUUUUUCCCUCCUCCCCCAAAAAUAAAAACUUGAUGUAGUGAAACUGCUACAUCUUGUGGUAAGUAGCUGUAGCUCUGCAUUGCAACAAUUUGUCAUCUACUAGAAAAAAUGUCUAUCGAAGCUCCGUGUCAUUUUGUCAUAGUUUUACACACCUUUUAUGGUGGCUCAAAACACCUUUAAAUGUUAGUAUACCAAAUUAAUUGAAGCACCAUUCUGCAAACUCCUUUUUCAUGUGAAUGUUGCUAUUGAGGUCAAAUAGGACUAGUCUUGCAACUAAAGGAUCCUUUGCAGAAUCAUGCACUUUGGGUAGUAGUCAUGAAUGUGACUUGAGAAUACAUUAAAUGAGGCUAGAUGCUGAAAUUGUGAAUCUAUUUGCUGCAGGUGCUAUUCUUCAUGGAGAAUUACAGCUUUAAUAUUGUGCAAUUCUAAUACAUAAACUACAGGAAAAUAAGCUGAGUUACUGUUUCUGGUUUAUCACAUACGUUCUGGGAAACUGCUAUAAGCCAAGAGGAUAGUCGUUGGUAUUGACAUUCCCAAUAUGAAUAUCCAUUUAAUUUCAUAUAUAGAGCAUAUAAAAUAUAUGAAGUAACCGCUACAUUUAUGCAAUAGUGUUGAGCAAGAAGACUCCCCAUGUCUAGGUUCUGGUGAUUAAAAUCACUUCAUCUCUGAUAUGUUUAGCAGCUGAAAUUCUAUCCUUCUCAUUCGUGACACAGCCUCAUUAAUUUUCAGGUUUUGCAGCCUUGUGUUCUACAGUGUGUCACAGACUACCUUAAUUAUUUGGGUACCAGACUCUACUCUUGUAGAGUGUCAUGGAAAGGUGUGCAUUAAUCCUUCAUAUUUUAAAAAUGAGUCUGACACUAUAAGUGUGUAAGGCCAAGCAUACAAAUAUACUGAACAAUAUGUACUCUAAAUUCUCGAUAGAUUAAAGUUAGGUGUGUCUAAUUUUGUUGUAGUCAGGCACAUACACACUCAUGUAUGUAACAAUCUCUCUCUCUCUCUGCAAACUAUUGACAGUAUAAAUCCAGAGAUUCAAAUUUCACUCUAAUAAAAGGCAGCAGACUGUAAGACAGAAGGCUGUGAUUCUUUUACCAUGUGGUACAUGGUGAUUGAUCCAUUCUUAGAUUUACUAAGUCGCCAUUCUUUCCUUCUAAGAUUUUAUAUCUGGAUAACUAAUCUACUUCAUUGUAUUGAUAUGUUGGGUGUUAUCUGUCUCCUUAAGAUCACUUCAGUCUUCAGAGUGCUGCUAGUAAUGUUCAUGCAGCUUCAUUGAAUCUUAUAAUGGACCAUUCCCAUAUGUCUAAAAACCAAAAUUUGUGUCAAACUGCUGAACAAGUUGAGGUCAUUCAGGAUGUUAACACUUCUACAAUCUAAGAGAAAUACAGCAUAGUCUAAUGCAGUGGUUAAAGCCACUCUUGUGGUGGUGGGUUUUUUCUCUGUUUGGGCUAGAGUAUAUCAAUAAUAAACAGGCCUUCACUUGGAGAUGGAAAAGUCAUUGCUUAUGAGUGACCAGAGUCUAUUCAAUUUGUUACUUAGGAUGUAUUAACCCACCCACUGCAGGACCAUGAGAAGUGGGUAUUACUGCACUCAUGCCAUGUUACGCUGUAACUGUAGCAUUUAAAUCAGUUUUGUUUGGACCAAUUCAGCUGCAACAGUUGUAUCCAUUUUCUCCUGCCCUCCACUUGUGUUUAGUAUGUCACUUUAUGCCUAAAGCUGAAGCCCUUACAUUGUGAGAGACCGUGGCAUGCCAGCUUAACUCUAGCUUUGUUUUGAUCCAUUUGGGUGUUGUCCUCAUGUGCCACUACUUCUUCCCUUCCACUCAAAAUGUACAGCAAAAUGACUGUCUGCAUAAACCUGAUGAAAAUGCUACAUGGCAGCUAGUGCAACUGUAAGACCAUUCUUCCAAAUCAAGAGUGGUUGUUGGUUUUCUCCCCCUUGUGAGUAUGUAAUUCAUUUACCUCCUUGUACUGUCUACAGGAACAAAUAAAAAAAUGGGGAAAUUGUGAAGCAAUAGGCAACAGGGGCUUGGCCAGACUAGUUCUGCAAACAACUUGCCUUAAAUGAUUUAUGGCAUUUAAAGCAGUCCCUUGCUAGUAUAGUAAUCUACCUUUCUGUCUUAUGUUUAUAUCAAACCGAACUGGGUUUUGGAGGUUGUAGAGUUUAAGUUCCUACCUUUGCAUACUUGCAUUCUUCAGAUAAGUGCCCUCUGGAUAUUUGUAGGUAGCUUUAUACACAGGCAGAAAAGCAUCGUCUUUGGUCAUGCUAUAACUUUUUCUUUAUAUUUUUCUAAGCUGAAGGUUAUCUGCUAUGGAAUACGUGUUUACAUGAAUAUUGUCAUUUAUGUAGAACCAGCAAUGUAACUUGUUUUGCUGUCCUUGGUUUAAUAAACAGGACAAGUCAUGCAUGAAAGGAAUGACAGAUCUGCAUGAAAUUUCAGCAGAGCUGAAGGCUGGCUGCUGUCACACUUAUGAGCGUACAGUUUCAGCAUUCAUGGACUUUAUUGGAUAGCAACUAACAUUUUAAGCUAUAAUUUCUAGAAUAUCUUUAAACAUAGUGAUCCGAAAAGCAUGUUGUUCUUGAAAUGAUAGUUAAAAUAUCAGAUGAUGAAUGGAAGGAAAAGGGGAGGCAAGAAUAGAUUAAGGACUGAAUCCUGCUUGUUGCUGAGCCUCUUUGGUUCGUGGAAAAGUUGCUUGAGCUAGGGAUCUAAGUGACUAGUCAUUAAGCACAUGCUUAUUACGAGUUGCUUUCUCCCCCCCCCCGCCCACUCCUGCUCCCUCUAUCAGAGAGAGGCAGCCAGGGGGGAGGGGAAAGCAGGAGCCAGUGCUGUGGGGAGCCGUCUGGGGAGGCUAAGAGUGUAGCAGGGGACUAGGCAUGAGCUGGGAAUUGGCUGAUUCCCGGCUUGCACCCGGUCCCAGACACUGGCCUCUGCUUUUUAAAUGUAUUAAGAGCCUGGUGGCUCUUACUACAUUUAAAAGGCAGAGCCACAGUGGGGUUAACUCCCCCCUGCAGUUUCCCCCUUUAUCGACUCAAGUAGUCAAUGGAAAUUCCAUCCACUAAAUAAAUUGCACGUAAUCAACUGAGCAUCCCUAGCUGGAGUUUGCAGGAUUGAGUCCUAAGGCUGGAUAUUUGAGAUCCUGAUGGCUAGUAGAAGGGGUUAUUGCAUCAGUGAAUCACUGAGCAUAUGAGGGGACUGUGAGGGCAAUAUCAAGGAAGGUGCAUUGUCUGGAAGUCAACUGUUAAAGAGUAAAAUAGUUUGUGGAGAACAAGGUUUGUUCUUAUAACACUUAACAUUUGGAAGGAUCUGAGCUCCAGUUAGCCUUAAUUUGCCUGAUGGGAAGAAUCCUUUUUAUACAGCUUAUAUACGCCCAGAGAAAUAACUAAAGCUAACCUAGAUCUGUAGACAAUUUCAUUUGGCUUUCACUCAAUCAUGUGUGAAAGCAAUUGGCUUAAUAUUUGUUCUCCAGUAUCUGUGACAAGUCAGUGCACUUGACUCCCUUAAGAAGCAUUACUGCUUAAAACCAGCUGUGGGCCAGGAGACAGAGAGAGAGAGAGAGAGAGAGAGAGAGAGAGACACACACACAUACCUUGUCAGAGCAGAACACUCCACCAUAGUCACAUAGCUGGGGAUAGUCAAAGGAUUCAUGUUUUGCCUUUGAGGUUUACCUAAAAGAUGCCCAAUGUCCCAUUCAACAAGACUUCUCACUGUUGGAAAGUACCAACAUGGAGUGUGCCCACAGUGCCAUGCUUUCUCUUAUGUACAUAACAGUACAGACAUGUUCUGCAAAUUCAGUGGAAUUGGAAUUGUUUGGUACAUUCCUUUUUAUUUUUUUAAAGGAAAGAUCCAAUUUGAAACUUUUAAAAACAUUAGUUCCAGGUACUACGCCUGCUGCUUUGAGUCCCCUUGCCACUAUUUGUGGUUUUACGGUUACACUUUUUCUUACCAGUUGUUACUGUGUGAAAGUCCCACAGAGUGGAAACCGUAUAUGUGCUCUAUGAAGUGCAAACAAACUAAGAGGUUCUGUUUGGUUGUUAAUAGUCUUGGAUGUGAUUUUGUUUUCUGUUUUCAAGCUGGCUGCAUCCCUUUUUAAACAAGAGCAUUAAAUACAGUGGGUUUUUUCCGUUCUCUAAAAAGCAAGGUAUUUAGUUUGUCCAGUACGGACUUCUUGUAGACCUUGUGCCAGAUGAAUAUUACAUAUUUUGGUGCUUUUUUCCUAAUCUGAUCUACAUUUCAUUUACCUGUGAGAUUGUAAAAAAUAUUUCUGUAUAUUUAAAUUAUCCCUUGAAAAUAUCCUUUAGUCACAAUGUAUUUUGACUACUGUAGCUCUGUAAAUGUUUCAAAGAUUCUGGAUUUCCUGUAUUCCAGUAAGAUUUGUGGAGGGAAUAGCUACAGAAAUUCAAUCCACUGGAAAGGGAAUUUGCAGCAUUGUUCUGUGCAUUACUGAACAAAUGAAUAACAUUUUGAUGUUUACAUAAUGCACACUUUGGUGUUCACUGUUUUGUGUUAAAGCUUUGUACAAAUGUCUUAUUUAAAGCUGAAGUCCUUUUUACAUACAUUUUCAAUUAAAAUGGGAAACUUUAA